GUCUCGAGUGUAUUUAUGGUUUUAGGGCUGGUAUUGACGAUUUUUAGACUCGCAUAUCGUAUUUGGUUGGGCAGGUUCUGGGUCGAGGAUGCUUGGGCAGGCGUCGCAUUUCUCUGCGGGGUAGCCGCGUUUACUUCUUGCUGGACUUACACUAAAGCAGUGGGUGAAAAAGGAAUUAUAUCGUUCUGGGUGUACUCGUUUACUUUCCCCUCCGUCGUGUGGGCUGUCCGGCAAAGUAUCUUGUUCUCCAUCGUUCGCAUUGUUUACACAACGCAGCACCUCCGUCGCCUGAUAUUCUGUCUUGCUGGUCUUUUCCUCGGUUUGUGGGCAGGACUUGUUGCACAAAAAGCGUGGCAUUAUGGGCAUAACACCUGCUGGUAUCAAACAACUAGAAAGGUGCAUAUACUUAUGACGCAACCAAUGAUCAUGUUCGAACUGAUAACUGAUUGCUUAUCCGACACAAUACUGAUUAUUCUGCCAUUGCGCUUACUCUGGAGUCUCAGACUGCCAAAAAGACAAAAAAGGAUGAUUCUCGCCAUAUUCUCCUCCAGCAUCAUCGUCACCAUUAUAUCCAUCUUCCGGGGAGUCUGUCAAAUAUCGAAAUAUAUCACUGUUCUUGCCCUGAUGACAGACUUCGAGACAGCCCUGUCGCUUCUUGUUUGCAACCUCCUUGUGAUAGUUACUCUCCUGUACCGCAUCAUUAGUUCCGCGGGUGCGGACGACUCGAUCUCUAUCGAUGACGAUGAUUACACGACGCGAAUUACUACGGGUGGGGUUUUCACUACUGUCGACUUGGACAAUGCCGAGUCAGGAAGCGGUGAGCAGAGAAGUUCGAGGAUUCAAUCUACAUUGCAAGGCGAGAAGACUGUCAAUACUGUGUAA